AAUAAAUAUUUUCCUACAAAAAGUUCUCAAAAUUAUCGUUAAUUUCGCUCUUCAUCCUAACAGCCGCAAAGUGCUAGUAGGAUACCCAUGCAACUGAAAUCCUCCUUUUUCCAGGAAAACUCUUCAGAUUUUCUUGGGGUCCAAAUACCCUGGCCCUCCUCUUUCACUAUAACACUCUCCUCUUUGGCCUUAACUCUUUAUCCUUCGCCUCCCUCAGCCACCGGUAGUUGCAGCAAUCGUGAAGGUUGGAGAUUUAAGAUUCACCACCGACUGCACCGACAUCCAGCUCGCUAAAUUAUACCGUCGACUAAAUCAUUAAAACCCCUCAAUCUCUGGCCUUUGUCUCAAAACUUCACCGAAUUAGUAAAUCACCAUCUCAAACAACAUUAAAAAACGCACGCUCACUCGUAAACGCUUGCCCUCGGCAGCAAGGGCUGAAAUUUCGCUUCCCGGACGUAGCGAAUGAAAACGGGAGGAGUGGUCAUGUCGAUGAUAAAAUGGGUCGAGUGAAUCGAUGCUGGAGACUGGUCAUCCCCAUGGUCGCAGUCGAAGCUGGAGACCCACUCUGAGUCAAAGGAGACAUAAAAACUGGCAUACCAGGGUUUGAGUGAAAAAUCUUCUCAAUGAUCUUGUUUUGAUGCUAGGCUUCAAAAUUUGUAAAAAAAUCCAAGCAGAAGAGAGACACUGAUUUUGAGUGCUAGAUUCUUAUUAUGUAAUUAGGCUAAACAAUCAUUUUUGCCAGCUUCCCAUUCAAGCAAAAUUUGUUAAAAAUGGAAGAAGAAGAAGUAUUAGAAGGCAAUGGUGCUGGAAUUAGGGUCUCAUUGUUUGAUUAUUCAGUAGAAAAUCACUUCAAGGCAAUGGACACGAUUUCUAAGCUAUGUGAAGAGGCAGAGUCUGAUUCUCUACAAGAAGCUGAAAUUCAGCGCUUGUCCUCUUCAAUAACUUUUCUAAAAGAAUGGCGCCAGUUUAAGUACCAACCAAGAGUUGUUAGGUUUGCCUGUGAAACUGAAAAUUCUCAGGAAAAAUGUUUUCUUGGUGACACAAAUUUACCGCAGUUUUCAUCAGCGACUGUUCCAGAGGAGGGACUACAUGGGGAUGCUGCAUCUGUAGAACCUAGCAAAGACUUUGUGAUGUAUGUUGGAGGUUCUGUUUGGGCAUUGGAUUGGUGUCCUAGGUUUCAUGACAGGCCUGCCAGUUGUGUCAAAUGCGAGUUUGUUGCUAUUGCUGCCCAUCCUCCUGACUCUUAUUAUCACAAGGUUGGCACUUUGCUUACGGGCAGAGGUCUUGUUCAGAUAUGGUGCAUUCUAAAUGUCAGUGAGAAUGAUGAGGCACCACCUUCACUAAAAAAGCCAAAACGGGGACAUCACAGUAGUCAUUCCGUGGGUGAUAAAUCAAGUCUAAUAAUAAAGGGGCCGAAAGGCAGACCUAGUAAGAAGCAAGUAGAAUCUCCCAAUGGCAACGGCACAGAGGAGAAUUCUAUUCAAUUCAAGAGGCCAAGAGGUAGACCUAGAAAGCAGCAAAUAGAAAAACCUCCCAGUGAUGAAGCCACAAAGGAGUCUUCAACUCAAUUUAAAAGGCCAAGAGGACGACCUAGAAAGAAGGAAAUAAAUGAAUCUCUUGAUAAUUCAGAUUGCAAAAAUCAAUGUGUUGAAGCCCUUGCUGUUCAAUAUCCAGAAGAUUCAUCUCAAUUACUUGCUAUAGAAUGGGUUUCUGGAAAUACUCAAGAACAAACCAUACAGGAAAACAAGGGUAGAAAACGGAAGGCUUCUACCAAGGCACUGUCUGCAUGUAAUUCAGCUGCAGAAACUACUGGGAGUAGAAGGCAGAAAACCAAGGCAAGUGCAGCUGGUAAAUGUGCUGGUGAAACAUGCCCGCCAUUGUUGACUCAAAAUGAUGAUGAUCAAUCUUCCCCAGCAAUCCACCAAAUACAUGAAAACACUAUACAGGAUCCUGCAGUGCUUAAUUGUAGUUCAGAUAAUGUUCCUCAGGAGAACAACUCUGAUUCUUUUUCUAUUCCCAAGGAUAUUGCUUUGCCAAGACUAGUAUUAUGCCUAGCUCAUAAUGGAAAAGUGGUGUGGGAUGUGAAAUGGCAGCCUUGCCAUUCAUCGGAUUCCAAAUGCCAGCAUCGCAUGGGUUAUCUUGCUGUCUUAUUGGGAAAUGGGACACUGGAAGUAUGGGAUGUUCCUCUUCCUCAUAUAUUGAAAGUUAUUUAUUCUUCUUCUCAUAGAGAAGGUACUGAUCCUCGCUUUGUUAAAUUGGAGCCAGUAUUCAGAUGUUCAAUUGCCAAGUGUGGGGAAAUACAGAGCAUUCCUUUGACAGUGGAAUGGUCAACGUCAUGUCCCCAUGAUUACUUGCUUGCUGGAUGCCAUGAUGGAACGGUUGCUUUAUGGAAGUUCUCUGCAAGUGGUCCAUCUGGAGAUACAAGGCCUUUGCUACGUUUCAGUGCAGAUACUCUUGCUAUUAGAGCAGUUGCUUGGGCCCCAGUUGGGAGUAUCCAAGAGAGUGCAAAUGUCAUAGUUACUGCUGGACAUGGAGGGCUGAAGUUUUGGGACUUACGUGAUCCAUUUCGACCUUUGUGGGAGCUCCAUCCUGCACCGAAAUUCAUUUAUAGUCUGGAUUGGUUGCCAGAUCCAAGAUGUAUUCUCUUAUCCUUCGAUGAUGGAACGAUGAGACUCCUCAGCUUGACGAAGGCUGCAUAUGAUGGUCAUGUUAAUGGAAAACCUACAGUUGGGCCUAAACAACAAGGAAUACAUGUUUUUAAUUCUUCAUCCUUUGCUAUAUGGAGCGUUCAAGUGUCGAGAAAAACAGGCAUGGUUGCAUAUUGCAGUGCAGAUGGUACUGUUAACCGCUUCCAGCUUACAUGGAAAGCAGUAGAGAAAGAAGCAUCAAGACAUCGAGCUCCGCAUUUUAUGGUUGGGUCCUUGAGCAAGGAUGAAUCAUCUAUUACAGUAAAUACUCCAUUGCUGGAUUCUCCUCUAAAUUUGAGGAAGCCAUUUAGUGUUGGGGACAAUCCAAGAACUAUGCGGAGUUUAUUGGAGUUUAAUCAGACAAAAAGAGCAAAUGAUAAGAAAGCAAAAGCACCAGCUGCGGAAAAUCAACCAUUAGCUCUAUGUUGUGGCAAUGAUCCAGGUACGCAAUCUGGACCUGAUGAAACAUUGGCUGCUCUCAAAAACCGAAUUAAACCAAAAUCCAAAAAUGCCAGUACUAAAAUGGCCGGAGAGAAUCUGGCAUUAGUAUGCGUAGAUGAACGAAAAGACAGAGGGGAGAAAGACGGCGAAAAGGCAGAAGCUGCAAAAGAAAGAGAAGUUAUGCCUCCCAAAAUUGUGGCAAUGCAUAGAGUUAGAUGGAAUAUAAACAAGGGUAGUGAGAGAUGGUUGUGCUCAGGAGGAGCAGCAGGUAUUGUACGGUGUCAAGAAAUUAUAUUUUCUGAUACAGAUAAAUAUUUGGCCAGCAAAAGAUAAGAUUUGGUCAUGUUGUCCUAAUUUAUACGUAAUUGUUAGUGUUUAUGAGAGGUUUUCAAAGCUAAAAGCUCCCUCUAUGCAAAUUUUGUCGACCCAUUUCCUACAAGUCUCUGUGUUAUGAAUCCCUGUAACGAAGUUUCCUCUUAUGUAGUUGCUGCCUUACAGUUAAUUGAGGCGAAGCAUUAAUACAUGGAAUGUGAAGUUCAAAUUUCAAUCAA